AUGGAUAGACAAUCGGACGCGCUGCGUGAACCAACGCGGUCCCCGCAGCCGCAGCCCCCUUCGGCACGGACCCCUGAUCGCGCCACCUCGACGCCCGUCCGGGGCGGCGGGAUCACACGCGCCGAUGCUCCCGGACGCAUUCCCCUGAGCCCGCUCAAAUUCACCUCGGCGCUGCACCCCUCGCCGUCGCAGAUGCCCCCGUCGCACACACCCGGAGGAAGCGCCGCAUCACCGCUGUUGACGUGGGCGAACGAGCUGCCGGAUGAUCCGCAGCGUGCGUCGAACGCAAUGGGCCUGUACCCCUCGUCGCUUGCGCCGCCCUUUAGCCCUGCCGCGCCCCUUCCCCAGCACAGCAACAGCGACCCCUCGCCGUACUUCCCCCCCCCCAGCGAGACGCGCGCGCCGCUGAGCGGUUCGAUGCUGGGCCUGAGCCCCGUAUCGGAGCGCCUUGGGGCGCCACAGACGCCAUCGCGCCUGAUACCCCCCUCGCUCACGCAUGCGCAGCAGCGCAUGUCGCCAGAGCCGAGCAUCUUUGAGCGCGAUAUCGAGCCAGUGCACCACGCGCGCUCGCCACAAGAGGCCAUCGACGUGGCCGUUCCGCCGGUCCUCGACGACGCGGCGAGCGCGAUUGUCGAAGAGUCGGGCACGCUCGAGAUCAUCCAGCCCGAGCACCCCGCAUACGCCCCGUCGCCGCCGCGCUCGCCGAACACGGGCUUUCGUACGAUGCCCACCGCGUCGCAGUCCGGGCAGUGGACGCCGAGCCGCGACGUGCGCGGCCGCCCCCGGAACCUGAGCGGCGGCCAGAGCUCGCGCGAGAAUUCGUUCGACACGCGCACGCGGCAGCAGCAGUACGGCCGGCAGCACGGCCACCGCCGGCCGCUGUCGGACGCGUCGAACGUGUUUACGUCCAUGCCCGGCCGCCUCCGCUCCGACUCGCACUCGGAGCGCGAGCGGCGCAGUCCUCUGCAUGCCGGCAGCCCUCUCACACCCAGCGCGCGGUCAUACUCGAUUCAGCCUGCGACGAGCCCGAGUCUGAGCAUCGACGGAGCGAUCAUUGCAGGCAACGACGUGGCGACGAUGGGACACAGCUUCGGCGGGCUUGCCGACGCCUUUGCGCACCUCGCCACAACGCCGAGCGAGCAGCCGGCGAUCGCUACGCCGGGCUCGAUGGCCUCGCCCCAAGGCUCCUACUUUGCGCUCCAACCCGACGACGCGCCGCGCGCGCCGCGCGACCGCUCGUCGGUGUCAGCGUACGCCUCGCCGAACGCGUUCCGCUACAUGGUGCUCGACCGCGAAGGCGAGCGCUCGCCGCCGACCGUGUCGUCGACGCCGCCGUCGCGCCUCGCGGUGUCUCCGCUGCCGGGCUCGCUUCCCCGUACCUCGCCGAGCGCCAGUGCGCGCUCGUCGACGACGCCACUGCCCGCGCCGGCCAUCACGCCGCGCUCCCCCCUCCCCCGACACACGGCGCCGCCGGCGGGUGCCGACGGCGACCCAUUUUCGCCGCACUUGCAGGUGCCCGGCACCUCGAGUGAGCGCAAACGUCUCUCGUUUAUGGCCUAUGCGGAUAUUGUGAACGACAGCCAGGGCCAGCUGCUCGACCUGGACGAGUCGAUCCAGCUGCAAGUGCAGCAGGAGCAAGGCACCGCCCGACCUGCCUAA